GAAAUAUGCCACCAUAGUACGAUAUCAAACAUGAUCUACAUUUUUCACUCAUCCUGAACCAGGCGAAAUAUAGAUCGGGUAGCGUCUUGCGUCUGGCGUUUUUUAACACAAGUUCAGUUUCGGGGUUAACGGUGUUCCAUUGAACGGUCUGUUGUUAAGAAUCUUCGCAGCAGUUGGAGAAAUCAUGAGAUAUUUGAUAUCAAGGAACCUUAAAGAACCAAAUAAUGGCAUUGCAGGCUUUUUAGUUUCUAAAUUCUUUGUCAAGAAAAACAGUAUAAUUGAGACAGCUGCUGUUCACUUAUGCAACAUAGAACCAGAUUAUCAGGUGCUCGAAGUAGGAUUUGGACCUGGGAUUGGUUUUAAGGAAGCUUUCAAUAAGGUGUCAAAGGGUCCAGGCACUGUUCAUGGCAUUGACAUCUCACAGAAGAGUUUCAAUCUAGCCAACAAAAACUUAAAACAGGAAAUAGGAACUGGAAAAAUCAAGUUACAUCUUGCUUCAGUGACGGAGAUUUCAUACGACUCGUGUACAUUUGACAGUAUAUUUCACUGUAAUUGUUACUAUUUUUGGCCCAAUAUGGAUGAUGCAGUCGCAGAAUUGCAUAGGGUUAUUAAACCAGGUAAAUCAAUGGUUGCCACCCUAUCUCUUCCGAGAAUGAAACUGAUCAAGAAAUUUGGAUUUAUGCAACACGGAAAUAUUGACCCAGAGAGGUAUAUGACUUCCCUUGAAAAAAAUGGUUUCUACGACGUUGUUAUGAAAACAAUACCAUUCGAAGACAAAAAAGUUGAUGCCAUUAUUGCUAAAGCAAGAAAAUAAAUAUGUUUUUGUUUUUGCGUCCAAAUCAGCUUUAAGUUGUCAUACGCAAAUAAAAAUGCAAUAUUGGCAACUUCCAAGUUUUAGGAAUUCGAGUAAAGCUGCAAAUAACAUUAAACUAAGGUAAAACUAUAUAGUGUGUUAUGAAAAAGUUCAGUUAUUCAUAUUGUGCAAACCGUAAAAGUUGCGUGCAUUUAUAAACAUGUAAAGUCUACAGAUUAAAUUAUAGAUACAAAA